GAAGUCUUGCCAAAUCUUUUUGAAAAACAUGCAUUUUUCAAGAAGAGGUGCGAAACUGCAUUAGCUCCAUCUUUCGAGACGAAAAGUAUUAAAAAAAUUUGACCUUUGUGAUGAAGAAACCUACGUAGCCACUUAAACUAUUACUGAUUUGGGCGGAGGUAACGAAUACGUACACCACUCGUUUUCGGCAUAACAAAAACCCUUACCCUAAACAUUAAACGCCGAGUGUACGUAUUCUUUACUUUCGCCCAGAUUUGCUUCAAUCUACACAUUGUCUUAAAAACAGAAAGGCUAAUGUAAUCCUGAUGCACAUGGUUAGAUUUCUGUUGUUGUAACACUCUCUACUGAUUGGAGUUGAAUUCUUCCCCUAUGUUCAAUGUCACUUCCGCUAUGUCAUCCGCUGCUAAAUCUUUAAACAUUGUUAGGUAUAGUGCUUUCUCUUUACACUGCUUUAAUAAUAACAAAUUAACUGCUCUAGUUAAAAUAAAAGAUUGUUCAUAAGGCAAAAAGAAAUAGAUAUAUCUUGUAAGUGGUACCUGAAGGAAUUGGUUAAAUCUCUCGAUAUUCUCAUCAAUUUGCAAGUCUAGCUACUCAAUACUGCUCGCAUUAUUUUAUCUUCUAACUACAUUAUUAUUCUGUCUUUCUCUCCUCGAUGGUCCGCUCUUUGCCGGUGAUUCUACAAUCACCGACAUGGAAAAACGAUGGAAUUAGUCUUAGCCAUCAACAUUACUAUAUGAAUAAUUACUCCGUAUAUGUGUACAUACGGGUAGACAUCGACGGUAUUUGCCCUGGGUGAUAGUCUGUCGAUGCGAGGUUGCACACUUUGGGUUAUCAGAUGACAUUGAAAUUAAAAUAUUUCACGUAACAUUACCAGCACAUUUAACAACUACAGAAAAUCGAAAUUAAUUUCAAGCUGAAGUCAGCAAGUAUCUACAAUUCUUGGCUGAAUGGAUGUGAAAAAUUGCAAGAAUUCUUUUACAAAUUUCUACCAGAAGAUUCUCUCUUCCUAUUAAACAUUGGAGAUUUACCAUGAAGCUUUACUUCUCUCAUGUAAUGACUUUGAUAUCUAGAUAUGAUUGUUAACUAGAGAUAAUUUAAUAACCAUUUAGUUGUUGGCUUUUAAUGUCAAGGUUCAAUUCAAAUAAAUCCACUUGAAGUUCUUUCUUAAGACCUGACACUCUUCGAGUUGAACAAAGACCAUCAUACAUAAACAAUAUAGAUUAAAAAGAAAAAAAUGGAUGAAAAAUCAGAACAUGAAACUACUGAGUCAUCUAAUCAGACACAGGAAAAUACAGAAGUGAAACCACACCCUUGUGAUAAAUGUGGAAAGCUAUUCACUACAAGCCAUAAAUGUGCUGAUGCAGGAAAAGAAAUUCACUCCUGUGAUAUUUGUGGUAAAAUAUUCUCAGAAGGUAGUACUUUAGCUUCCCAUGAGUGUAUUCCCACAGGAGAGAAACCAUACCACUGUGAUAUUUGUGGUAAAUCAUUUUCUCAAAGUAGUAAUUUCUCUCGACACAAACAUAUUCAUACAGGAAGAAAACCAUACCACUGUGAUAUUUGUGGUAAAAAUUUCUCCCAGAAAGAUAGUUUCUCUCGACACAUACGUGUUCACACAGGAGAGAAACCAUACCAUUGUGAUGACUGUGGUAAAGCUUUUUCUGAGAAUGGUCACUUAGUUGCCCACAAACGCACUCACACCAGAGAGAAACCAUACUGUUGUGAUGUCUGUGGUAAGGCAUUCUCUGUAACCAGUAAUUUAGUGACCCAUAAACGUAUUCAUACAGGGGAAAAACCAUAUCAUUGUGAUGUCUGUGGCAAAUCAUUCUCCAUAUCUAGUACUUUAGCUUCCCAUAAACGCAUUCACACAGGAAAAAGACCAUAUUACUGUGAUAUUUGUGGUAAGACAUACUCUGGAAGUUUUGAGUUGACUCGUCACAAACGCAUUCACACAGAAGAAAGACCUUAUGACUGUGAUAUUUGUGGUAAAACAUGUUCCGGAAGUGCUAAUUUGUCUCGCCACGUUCGUAUUCACACAGGAGUAAGACCAUACCACUGUGAUAUUUGUGGUAAAACAUUCUCACAAAACAGUCAUUUUGCUCGACACAAACGUAUUCAUACAGGUGAAAAACCAUACCACUGUGAUAUCUGUGAUGAAACAUUUUCUAGAAGUGAUAAUUUAACUAAACAUAAACGAACCCACACAGGAGAGAAACCAUAAAUGUACAUUAUCUCUAGUCAGAUGUUUUCUACAAAUUAUAUAUUUUAAAAUAAAUUAAUUUGUUUGGAUUUUA